UCUUUAUAAACUUGUUGGUUGUUGUUUUCAACUUUUCAGUUUUUGUGGUUGAUAAAUAUUUGGUGAUAUCUAAAAUAGUGAAUAAUUAUAUAUUUCAUCGAUGUCGUGAUAAGCUAACACUAUCACAGAAAUUCAUUUAAGUCAAUCCUUGCAUUAUUGUUGUAGUGAAUGGAACUAUUUUUGACGUUAAAUUAUGCCGCCUAAAACCAGAGGAAGUAAGACACUAAAAGUAUCUAAAGAAAAUUUGGGGCUUACAAAUAGAGCUAAUCAUAAAGCGUUAGAAAAUACAAGAAAGUCUCAAAGAAAAGUGCUAUCUGAUAAAACAAACUCUGCUUCGGAUGACAAUGCCAACUCGUCCCCAUUAAAGAAUGUUGAGAAAUACAAACUUGAAGAGACUGUACAAGAAAAGCCUCGACGCAAAAGAAAACUGCCAGCGAGAUAUCUUGAAAACCAAGCUUUGGUUAGUCUAAGCAACAGCAAAAAUGAACAAAUUUCUCCUACCUUAAAAUCUGUCAAGUUAAAGACUAAGAAAAAAUUACCUAUUAAAAAAGAUAUCAAACAAAAAUCUCCUUUUAAAACCACCUCAAAAAUCUUACUAAAUAGCAUAUUGAAAUCACGUCCAAAAAGAGUUUGUAGAAUACCACCAAAAUUAGAAGGUCACUCAGUUAGCCCUAUAAAAUAUAUUCCAUUGCAACCACUGAGUACCAGUACUCCUGUUGCAAAUAAAACUGGUAAAAAAACUGCAAAAAAUAAAAACAUUUCACUUGUAAAAACACCCAGUCCUGUAUUUAACAAUGUUAGAAACCAACCCAUACUAAAACUGAAUAAUAAGAAAAAAGGAGCUUCUGCAGCUGAUACAAAUAACAAUGGCAAGAAGCAACAACAGAUUGAUAAGUGUUUUCUAAAACAAAUACAGUCUGGUAAAUCUAAAAAGACUCCAUUGAAUUCUUUUAGAGUAUUCGAUGACAUUAAAAAGUCUCAAAAAAGAAAUUCUGAUAAGAAAGAUCCAUAUGAGUUUACAUUUGAUCCAGAUGAGGAACCACCUCAGAAAAAAAAGAAGAAACGUCUUGCUAAGCCAAGACAGACAAAACCUAAAACAGCCAUCAAGGGUGCUUAUGAGAAAAAUUUAGCUAAAGCUUUAGCUACAUUAAAGAAUACUUUGGCAAUGAAGACUCAAAGUGAUAGAGAUGUUCAAGUACUUAACUCACAUGCUGCAAUGAAUGUGAAUGAUGGUAGUAAUAAAAAUGAUGCUAUUUUAAAAACACAAGUAAAUGAGAUUAAUAAUAGUAUCCCAUGUGCAAAUAAUUAUAAUUCUAUAAGAAUUGAAGAUAUUGCUAUGGACUUACAAGAAGCUGAUCACACUUUAGACUAUUCACCUGUGAAUUCACCACAACAUAGUGUACCCAAAGUGGUGGCAGAAAAUGUGUCAGGAAAUGAAAAGGACCCUUUGAAUCUGAGAGAUAGUUUAAGUUUCUUUGAUGAUCAUCCGGUAGCCAGUAGUAGUAUGAAUGCAUCAAUUAGACACCCCAAUGCUAGUCCUUGGAGAAUAGAAUUUGGUAGCUUACCAAUUAAAUGGCCAGUUAAUGCCUAUGUUAAGCCAAACAUGACACCAGCUGUUGAAACUUCUUACAUAAACUUUAAUGACUCAAAAAAGAAGCAUGUUUAUACAAACAUUGUACCUAUAAAUGACACAUUGCCACAGGAAACAAGCCUCAAACAAACAAGCAUUAUUUCAUUUAUAAAGGAAGUUGCUGAACGAAAUGCUAAGAAGAAAAUGAAGUUGACUCCAGUAAAGUCAAAUUCAUUGUUUGAAGAUAUCUCUAAUAAAUCUAUAAAUGUUAGUCCAACAAAAAGUUCAUCAAAGAAUAAUUCAAAAGAAAGUAAUUGUGGUCAUGUUGAUGUCAUUGAUGAGAAUGUAGAUAAUUCAAAAACACCAAAAAAAUGUAAUUCUACAAGGUGUGGGACAUUCUUUGGUUUUGACGACACUGAGGAAGAUCAGGAGAAUGUUUCUCCGCUUAAAAUAAACAAGAGACAAGCAUUAAGACCACGAAAGAAGGUUCUGCAGGAAAUUAAUAAUGUAAAUGGACCAUCCAGGGCUAUCAUACCAGUUUCAGUGAAAUCUAAGCUAAUACUUAAUUCAGAUCCUUUAAACAGUGAUUUUGAAGAUCCUAAAUUGGGGCUAGAGCCGCCACUAUUUCCUCAAAAGCAAACUCUUCAUGUUAAUGGUGAAAUAACUAAUUUGAAUGUUGUAGACGAAGACUCAAAUUCUGUACAUUUAUUUGAAGAUAUUGAUCUUAUUCAUCAUUACCAUCAGCCACCUCGAAAAAGUUAUGGAAAAGCAAAAAAAGUGACAUUCCGUCAGAAUUCUGCCACUGAUAGUGAUGUUUCUAAUGACGACGAGCAGGUCUCCGACAAAGAAGAUAAUCUUGAUGAUUUAUCAUUCAAAUUACCUAGCACUAAGCCGAAAAGGGUGCAUAAGAAAAAGUUAACAAAGAAGCAAAAAAUAUCAAAAAAAGAGGAGCAGGAAUUGGAAAACUGGGCUACUGGAUUCAACUCAAUGUGUGAAGAUGUUGAAGAAUUCGAUCUGAUAGUUGAAUAGUCAUUAUAAGCUAUAAGAUUUUAAGCUUUAUAUUAAAGAUAUAGCCCUAAGGAUUGAAUUAUGGUUUGGCUGUUAUAAACGACAUUUCAAUUUAUAAACAUACUAUGAUCCUCAAACAAUUAAACAUUUAAUAAUAAUUAUUAUGUCGUAGAUAUUGGAAGCUUAUUACUAUAUUAAACCAACAAUCUAAGAAAAUGUUCUAUAGAUUUUAUUUAAAUUAUGGGAUUAUUAAUUAGGUUAAGUUAAACUAAUUUACUAAGCGAGGGACCAAUAACAAAUAAGUGCAGUUUAACUGGAAUCGAUUAUUUUUAUCAUGACGUCAGGGUAUCAUUUUUAAUUCAUACAAUUAUAAACUCAAAGAAAAUACUCUGUUGGCCCAGACAAAUUAUAAAAUCACAAAAUUAUUUAAUUGGAUAAUAUGAAUAGCCAUUUAAUGAUUUAUUUUAUUUAGGUUUUUUAGCAAUUUAUUUAGGAUUAUUUUUAUUUUAGAUAAAAGCUAAUAGCGUAGCAUCUACUCCAUAGUUAAAAACUAUGGAGUAGAUGCUACGUCAUUUAUUUAUUUGACAUUUUUCUUAGUUCUAAAUAUAAUUAAGUAUACUCGUGAAUGUUAUUUAAGACAUAAUAUUUUUCAGAUGAGUGAGUUUUUAUAAAGAUUUUUGUAUAUAGCUAUAACUAUUUUAUUUGCAUGACAAACAUUUGUUUUAAGUUUUAAAUGAUUGAAAUUAUUAUGAGAAUUAAGGUAUGUAACUUGGGAUUUUAAUAAAUAUAUUU